GAGGCGAGACCUGCAGCACAUUCCCAAAGAAAGGAGAUUAUCAGAUUUGAGAAAUGCAUAGCAAACAUUGAAUAGUUCCUUAGUAUUGAGCUGGACUGGCAUCUUAAGGGGCUUUAACCCCUUCUUUCCUAUCAUUUCUUUCAUUAGUUUUCAGCAGUUAGCUGGAUAUCAUCUGUGGAACAGGCUCAGUGUAAGCUUGUUUGUAGUAUUUUGGUAUUAAUGGCCUGAUGGAUUAUAUAAUGUUGUGCUGUGAUUUGUUUUGCUGCUGAAGGGUUAAAAUAUUAGAAAGGCUUAAAUGGAGGGGGAAAGGCAUUCGGAAUUAAUUUAGUAAUACUUUCCUGGAGGAACAGAUCAGCGGCAUUGUCAGGUGGUGCAAGUACAGCUCCAAGAUGCCGUCCUGUGAUGCCCUACGUUACUUUUACAAAAGCCUAACAAGAACUAAAAAAAUCAAUUUGGAAGGUGUACAGGGAUCGAGCCUAUGCCGAUGUCUGACAGCAGUGGACCUGGUGGCACUGGGUGUAGGAAGCACCUUAGGGGCCGGAGUAUAUGUCCUAGCCGGAGAGGUGGCAAAGGUGGAUUCGGGUCCAAGCAUCAUCUUAUCUUUCUUGAUUGCGGCUUUGGCCUCAGUGUUUGCUGGACUGUGCUAUGCCGAGUUUGGUGCCCGGGUACCGCUGACUGGAUCUGCCUACUUAUACAGCUAUGUAACGGUUGGCGAGCUUUGGGCUUUUAUCACGGGGUGGAACCUGAUACUCUCCUAUGUCAUUGGUACAUCCAGUGUUGCCCGGGCUUGGAGCGCUACAUUUGACGAGCUUGUUGGAAAGGAAAUAGGAAAGUUUUUCAGCAGUACAAUGCCUAUGGAUAUGCCAGGGCUGGCAGAAUACCCUGAUAUUUUCGCUGUGGCUCUCAUACUUAUUCUUGCAGGGCUUCUUUCAUUCGGUGUGAAGGAGUCAACCAUGGUGAAUAAGGUUUUCACAACCAUCAACAUGAUUGUCUUGGUGUUUGUCAUAGUCAGUGGAUGUGUUAAGGGGGACCUGAGGAACUGGGAGAUCACAGAGGAAGAGCUAAAUGCCGCCAUUCAGAGCAUGAGUAACCAUUCUGCAGGUGGCAACGUGACUGGCAUGUAUGGGGUUGGUGGAUUCAUGCCAUUUGGUUUCAGUGGCACUUUGGCUGGAGCAGCUACCUGUUUUUAUGCCUUUGUUGGAUUUGACUGCAUUGCCACAACAGGAGAGGAAGUAAAGAAUCCGCAGAGAGCAAUACCUCUGGGCAUAGUGGUAUCCCUGUCCAUUUGCUUCUUGGCAUAUUUUGGAGUCUCUGCCUCCCUCACUCUCAUGAUGCCAUAUUACCUACUGGAUUCUCGGAGUCCACUGCCAGCUGCGUUCGAAUAUGUUGGGUGGAAUGUGGCCAAAUACAUUGUAGCUGUUGGUUCCUUGUGUGCGUUGACCACAAGCCUUCUAGGAUCUAUAUUCCCAAUGCCUAGGAUUCUGUUCGCCAUGGCUAGAGAUGGGCUACUUUUUCAGCCAUUGUCUCGGGUUAGCAGCCGGCAAAGUCCAGUGAUUGCCACCAUGACUUCUGGAGUAGUCGCAGCUCUCAUGGCGUUCCUCUUUGAUCUGAAAGCCUUGGUGGAUAUGAUGUCUAUUGGAACCUUGCUGGCCUACACCUUGGUGUCUGCUUGUGUCCUGUUACUGAGGUACCAAAUACAAACUGAAACAACCAAUGGAAGCGUUCAGGAACCUCAUGGUAACACACCUCCAGCAAUGAGGCCGGCACGUUCCUCCACACUGGUGACACGUAGUGUGAUAGCUAUAACAUUUCUAGUCUGCGUAACAAGUGUGAUGGCGACCAUGGGAUCGCAGUAUUUGCUGUCUGGUACGAUUUGGUAUGUCGUCCUGCUUGCUCUGCUUCUCUUUGCAAUAGUAGCACUCACCAUCUUAAUCUGGAGACAGCCACAGAAUCAGAGUAAAGCAGCCUUCAUGGUGCCAUGUCUGCCAUUUCUACCAGUACUGAGUAUCUUUGUUAAUAUAUACCUGAUGGUCCAACUCAGUGCUGACACUUGGCUUCGAUACGCUGUCUGGAUGGUACUCGGUUUCCUUAUAUAUUUUGGCUAUGGCAUCAGACAUAGCGUUGAGAGGUUGAACAUGCCGAUUACAGUCACACAAAAGACAGAUGCCAACAUGGAAGAAAUGGGAUCAAAAGCACAGUUCUUUGAUGUUAAGCUUUGAUAAUAUUCAUCUCUCCUCACCAACCAUCCCUCUUAACUUGAUCCAAAGCUUUUUUUUUUAUAAAUACAUUAAUGACUACACUGAAUAUUGUACUGGAUCACCCAUACACUAGGAUACAUGCAUAGUGAUGCCCUCGAAACUCCAAAUGGACCCAAGCUGACAAGGACAAGGAAGCUCGCCCAAGAAAUUAAUUUAAGAGGGUAGGAAAACACUGUUCUCUAUUAGUUCCAGUGAAUGGUGCCAACCUGCAAUAUCACAAUCCAGUAUGGCAUUGUAUCUUGGUAAAAAGCAACUAUUAGGGACAUUUACCUGUGCAGAGGAAAAGUUGACUAGUUGCCCAAUCAGAUCGCUUCUUCCAUUUUGCAGAAGCCUUGUCAAAAAUAUAAGAAGCAAUCUGAUUGGUUGCUAUCGGCAGCUCAGCAACUUUUCCUCUGCACAGGUUUUGAUAAAUCUCCUAUGUCUUUGGCCCAAUUACAUGUGACAAUUCUUGGGCAAAUAAGCAUUUCUAGGAAUGAUGGUUCCCAAUAAAUGGCCCGUGUAAAACGUC